CUCGGCAAUGCCUAUCGCAGUCUAGGACAGUUCAAAACAGCCAUCCAAUACAAUCAACGUGAUCUAGAAAUUGCUAAAGAAGUGGGAGACAAGACUGGAGAGGCGUGCUCACUCUGUUCCCUUGGAAUCAGUUUUGAGUGCCAAGGAAAUCUUACGAGGGCCUUUGACUGUUAUUACUCGAGUGUUGAAUUGUAUGAUGAUAUCAGGGCCAGUCUUCAAUUCAACGAUCAGUGGAAGAUUUGUUAUCGUAAUCAGCACCAAGUAGCAUACAAAGGUUUGUGGCGUAUAAAUCUCAAUCGAGGUCAAGUUGUGAAGGCUCUUCUUGCCGCAGAGAAAGGACGUGCUCAAGCUCUGAGAGAUCUCAUGGUCACAAAAUACCAGCCUGGAGAUUCUUUAACGCCCAGCGCAUCCCGCAUUUCUCUGAGGUGGGUUCCAUUGAGCACAGUUUUCGUAGCUAUUAGUGGACCGUGCGUUUACUUCUGGGUUUGCCUCAGUGAAAAUAAUAUCCAGAUGAGAGAAGUACACGUGAACAAUUACAAGUAUGAGGAUGAGUUGGAAUUUUUCAUCCAGCUACUGAACAAAACUGCUCUUAAGGAGAUCGGCGCAAGAGAUACUGUUACCAUCGAGAAUCCUCCGCUUGACUCGCCGACAGAAGAGGAAGUGGCCAAUGAUGUGAUCCGAGUUGAUGUGAGACACUCCCAAUCAAGUGCUUUAAAGAAGCUGCAUGACAUCAUCGUUACUCCUAUUGCUGACCUGAUCGAAGGCAACGACGAGAUCACAUUCGUUCCUGAGGGGCCAUUUUGCCUUGUACCUUAUACAGCGUUGCAGGACUCCAACUCAUCAUAUCUAAGUGAUUCUUUCAGAAUUCGUGUGCUUCCCUCCCUGACGACCUUGCAACUAAUUCAUGAUUGUCCAGCUGACUUUCACAUGAAGACUGGUGCAUUGCUUGUCGGCGACCCAUGUUUCAAACACAUCAUCUAUGAGGGAACACUUUUGGUGCAACUCCCAGGAGCAAGGAAAGAAGUGGAGAUGAUCGGACGUAUCCUAAAUGUCUCCCCCCUCACUGGAGAAAUGGCAACAAAACAGGAAGUGUUAAAACGAAUAUCAUCAGUGGCGUUAGUUCAUAUUGCAGCGCACGGUAAAAAGGAAACUGGAGAAGUUAUCCUGGCACCAAACGCCACAAGAGAAAAUCCUCAGCCGCAAGAGAAAGACUAUCUACUGACGAUGAAAGAUGUCAUAGAAGCUGGGUUGCGAGCACGUCUGGUUGUACUUAGCUGCUGUCACACUGCUCGUGGGGAGGUCAUGGCCGAGGGUGUAGUCGGCAUGGCGCGUGCACUUUUGGCUGCCGGUGCCAGAUCUGUUGUGGUAACCUUGUGGGCGAUUGACGACGAGGGAACCCUGGAGUUCAUGAGUUUCUUCUACGAUGCACUUGCCAAAGGCAAGAAGGCAAGUGAAGCUCUCAAUCAGGCCAUGAAGUGUAUGAGAGAAAUUGAAAAGUUCAAGGAGGUGAUUUACUGGGCACCAUUUGUACUCAUUGGUGACGACGUCCAGCUGGAUUUCAAAGAUAUUUCGAAGCUGAAUUAAGUCAGUGAGCAUUGGAAUCCCAGGGAGUUUUAGGAUACCUGCAAACACUGAUAUUUGGACCAUAAACCAGUAAGCUACCGAUAAAAUAUUUGUCAAGAGUCUUCUUUACAAAGCAGGAAGAACCGAAAGACGGCCAAAGUCAAGUCUAACAAGAGAACGGAUUUCCAUUGAUUCAAAAGUUGACAUUUUGCUUGUCUGAACUGCUCUUACGAGCUUCAUCUUUGAUAUCCUGCCGG